UGUGGGGAUGGUGAGCGGAAGUUCGCCGGUGGCAGGCAAAGCGGAGGCUGGCCGGGCAGAGGGGCGUCGUGUUGUGGCAUUAAGUGUUUAACUCCCGAGGGGGGGUGGGGAUUUUAAAUUUUAAAGUCGGCCCAAACGGCGACUGCGAGUUUAGUACGAAUGCGGGGCGAAGAGUCGUCGGACUCGGAGUCGGGGAGGAUGGAGGAAAGUUCAGUCCGGAGGGGUUUGGAGACCUUGUGUCAGGAGCUGAACAUGGACGAGCAGACUGCCGCCGCGGCCAUGGAGAACUUCACUGCCAUAUGGAAUACAUACACCCUGGAGGGAGAGGUGGUCCACUGGCUGGCCUGUUCGCUGUAUGCAGCCUGCAGGAAGGGAUCGACUCCCACGGUGGGUAAAGGGCUGAUGGAGGGAAACUGCGUCUCCCUCACCAGGAUCCUCCGCUCCUCCAAACUCAGUCUGAUCCAGUUCUUCUCUAAGAUGAGGAAGUGGGCCGACAUGUCCAACCUCUCGCAGGACUUCAGGCUGCGCAUGGAGCGGCUGGAGCGCAACUUUGAGGUGUCCACCGUGAUCUUCCGCAAGUUCGAGCCCAUCUUCAUGGACAUGUUUCAGAACCCCCAGGGAGGCGAGCCGCCGCGCCAGCCACGCAGCAGGAAACACAGGCGGCUGCCCUGUCACAUCAGCGACGUGUUCAAGUUCUGCUGGACGCUGUUUGUCUACACCAAAGGUAACUUCCGUAUGAUCGGUGAUGACCUGGUGAACUCGUACCACCUGCUGCUCUGCUGUCUGGACCUGGUGUUUGGAAACGCGCUGCUCUGUGCCAACAGGAAGGACCUCAUCAACCCAACGUUCAGAGGUCUGCCCGCUCUCUACCGCGCCGAUGGUCACGUUUCAGCGGACGAGCCUCCUCCAUGCGUGUUGGAGAGGUUGUGCGAGCUGCACGACGGACUGGUGGUGGAGGCGAAAGGCAUCAAACAGCACUACUUCAAACCGUACAUACAGAAACUGUUUGAGAAACAGAUCCUGAAAGGCCACGGGGAGCUUUUAACAGAACUGUUGGAUCCUCAGAACUUCAUUGAUAACAAUAAAGCCAUCAACAGGGAGUAUGAAGAGUACGUGUUGACGGUGGGAGAUUUUGAUGAACGGGUGUUUCUGGGAGCCGACGCCGACGAGGAGAUAGGAACCCCGAGGAAGGUCGUUCAGGAACCGUCCGCCAGCCAGACGACCACUCAGAACCAGCUGCAGCAACAUGUGGAGAAGUCCGGCUCUCUCGCUCCCUCCACCCCUCUGACCGGACGGGUUUACCUGAAGGAGAAGGACCUGCUCGUCACGCCCGUUUCCUCGGCGACGCAGAGCGUCAGCCGGGUGCAGAGCAUGGUGGCCGGGCUGAGGACGGCCCCUAGCGACCACCUGAUGCAAAUAUUCAGGUCGUGCUCCAGAAAUCCCACAGAGUCCAUACUGGCCAGAGUAAAAACCCUGGGACAACUCUUCAAAGAACAUUACACCAACGACUCAGAGGACACACCUGGGUCUCACAUAGACUUUGCAGAGAACCGUCUGAAGCUGGCAGAGAUCCUUUACUACAAGAUCCUGGAGAACGUCUUGGUUCAGGAGACCAAACGGCUGCAAGGCAAAGACAUGAGCGUGUUGUUGGAGCAGGAUAUCUUCCAUUGUUCCUUGAUGGCGUGUUGUCUGGAGGUGGUGUUGUUCUCCUACAGCUCCCAGAGAACCUUCCCGUGGAUCAUCAGUGUCUUCAAACUGGCCCCGUUCUACUUCUUUAAGGUGAUUGAGGUGUUUAUCCGCUCAGAGGAGGGUCUGUCCAGAGACAUGGUGAAGCAUCUGAACUCGAUCGAGGAGCAGGUUCUGGAGAGCAGAGCGUGGACUGCAGACUCAGCCCUGUGGAGCGCCCUGAAGGCUGCUGGGAAUAAAGUCCCCACGGUGGAGGAGGUGAAUUUCUCCUCCAGUCUCGACACGGGUUCCGGAUCUGGUGCCAUCAGCGGAGGUCAGUCCCACCUGCCUCUGGUCGCGCUCUCUCCCAUCAUCCACCCACGCAUCAGGGAGUUCAGAUCAGGUCUGGGCAGUGCCCGCAAAGAUGUGCCUCCCUCUCCCCUGUCGGUCCACGACAGGUACAGCUCUCCUGCGGCCGGCAGCGCCAAACGGCGUCUUUUCGGCGACGACCCUCCGGCCCCGACAUCAGGGCUGAACCCUGGCGUGAGCCCGUUGUCGUCUCCGGCCAAGAGGCUGACGUUCGGCUCGAGCAGCACCCUGAAGAUUGGAGCCCAGGGUGCCCAGACCACCGUUCUCAGUAUCCCACUGCAAGUCUCUGCAGGUGUGAAUAAUGACCGCGCUAUUGCACUGAUCCCGGUUCAGCCGUGCGACUCCUCCGGCGCCGUCACCGCUCAGUUUCUGCUCACCGCCUCCCCGAGCCGAGUCAUCUCCGCACCCACGACCUCUGACCCCCAGACAGGAAUCGGCCGGCCGCGACGCACCGGAUCACUCGCUCUGUUCUUCAGGAAGGUGUACCACCUGGCCAGUGUACGUCUGAGGGAUUUGUGCGUGAAGUUGGACAUCCCUUCGGAGCUGCGUGGGAAAAUCUGGACGUGUUUUGAACACGCUCUGGUCCACUGUACCGAUCUGAUGAAGGACAGGCACCUCGACCAGCUGCUGCUCUGUAGCAUUUACAUUAUAUCCAAAAUCACCAAAGACACUCACACCUUCCAGGACAUCAUGAAGUGUUACCGCAGCCAACCACAGGCCAGCAGCCACGUGUACCGCAGCGUGUUACUGCGUCACACUCCCAGAGAGCAGGUGGCUGACGAGAACAUGGAGGUGGAUCCUGUUUCUGGUGGCGAAUCCGCCGAGAAAACCAGUCAGGGCUCAGGAGAGGCAAACUCCGACCAAUCGGGCCAAGAGGAACGUGGUGACCUCAUCCAGUUUUACAACACCGUCUUCGUCCUGAAGAUGAAAAGCUUCGCUCUGCGAUACGCCGCCCACGAUAACCGGGUGGACGCUCCUCCUCUCUCCCCGUUCCCGUCGGUCCGGGCUCUGCCUCUGUCUCCUCGCCGAGUCUCUCAGAGACACUCGCUGUACGUGUCCCCCCACAAGAACUCUGCAGGAUGCCUCACACCGAACUCCUACACCUAUAGGAUCAACAGCAGCCCGUCCAAGGAGUUAUCGGACAUCAACCGGAUGAUCAGACAGGGCUGUGUGAGCAGGAAGAGGGCCUUCACCAUGGAGGGGGACGUGAUGAUGUCCUCAGCCAUGUGCGACUCCCCCAGCAAGAGGGCGUGCCCGGAGAACGGCAGCAGUCCCGACGUGCUGCUGAAGCGGCUGCAGGACGUCGUGUCCGAGCGGCAGAGUCGCUGACGGACGAAAACCCCAACAACG